AUGAAGAUUCAAGCCUAUACAUGGAUACUGCUAUUCUUCAUCGUUGGUUCAAAUACAGUACAAGGCUUACUACCACCAUCUCCCUCCAACAAGAUUGCUGUCCAUCAUCAUCAACAACUCUCGUCACAUCAUCGUCUAGCAGCCAAUGAACCGAUAAAAACCCACAGGACAGUCGAAACUUCUGAUGCUUCACCAAACCAGAUUCCUCAGUCAAGAAAUCGCGCUUCAUCAUGGUUUGCAGCAGCCUAUUUCUUUGCUGCAUGUACCUUUGCCUGGUGUGAACCCAUGGCUGUCUUGGCUGAAAUUACAACAACAACAACAACAACAACAACAACAACAACGGAUGCUGCUGCUUCCACUUCAUCCUGGACUCAAAAGGUGGCGUCGUCCUUAAAGGCACCUACCGAAGACUCACCACGGAUCGAAUUGCCAAUCAUAUCGGGAGCAAGCCAACAAGGCAGUAGUACUCCGCCACCAUUGUUUCCCAAACCAGGAUCAUCCAGCAAUAACAACAACAAACAACCAUCCAAGAACCCACCCCCGUGGCGGGUCCAAGGUUUAGUGUCGUUGGAAAAUCCACGGAUCGAACGUCCCUAUGGCACUGACUUCAUGAUUGUCCAAGUUUUGAAAGAGGCUCCUCCAAAAGAACCAUAUGCUGUUACCGAUGAUACCAAAAAGACUGUACUGGGAGGAGCCAAGAUCCAAGUUGGAAAAUUUAGGUUUCCAAGCUCGAUAACCUUGGGAUUGGAGAAUGCCAAGGUACAAGACAAUUGGAAAAAAGUGGCGUCGACUAAAGACUUGUGGCUGGAGGUUACCAUUUGCAAGGAAGAUUCGGCCAAGUUUCCAUGUGCUCCAGAGGAACAACGCUACCGUGCUGUGGCUUUUUCAAAACUCUUCAAUUCGCCUCAAAUCAGCGAGAGCAGCGAAGAUGCCGCUGCUAUUCGGUUACCAGCCACAAUGAUACUGGAAAGAAUAAACAAUGCAGAUGAUGAUUGA